CCGGCGCGCCGGUGGGCCGGCUGCGCCCUGGGCGCGCUGCUGCUCCUGGCCAGCCUGGCGCAGGCGGCCCUGGCGGUGCUGCUGUACCGCGCGGCCGGCCAGCGCGCCGUGCCCGCCGUGCUGGGCUGCGCCGGGCUGGUGUUCCUGGUGGGCGAGGUGCUGCCGGCCGCCGUGAGCGGGCGCUGGGCGCUGGCGCUGGCGCCGCGCGCGCUGGCCCUCAGCCGCUUGGCGGUGCUGCUCACCUUGCCCGUGGCGCUGCCCGUGGGCCAGCUACUGGAGCUGGCAGCGCGGCCCGGGCGCCUGCGGGAGCGCGUGCUGGAGCUGGCGCGCGGCUGCGGCGACCCCUACAGUGACCUCAGCAAGGGCGUGCUGCGCUACCGGACCGUGGAGGAUGUGCUCACGCCGCUCGAAGACUGCUUCAUGCUGGACUCUGGCGCUGUCCUGGACUUCGGCGUCCUCGCCAGCAUCAUGCAGAGCGGCCACACGCGCAUCCCGGUGUAUGAGGAGGAGCGCUCCAACAUCGUGGACAUACUGUACCUCAAAGACUUGGCCUUCGUGGACCCCGAGGACUGCACGCCUCUCAGCACCAUCACCCGCUUCUACAACCAUCCACUCCACUUCGUCUUCAACGACACUAAAUUGGACGCCGUCCUGGAGGAGUUCAAGCGAGGUAAGGGGCUGCCCCUGGUGGAAAGGAUCGCGGCCAGAGAAGGCACUAAAACUUGA